UAUCAUCAGUGACUAAAAUUGUUGAAGUAUAAAUGAAGGGGCGUAAAAAGCGAUAAAAAGUUUUACUGUGCAUAAAGAGUUCUUUUGAAAUUAGAAGUGGGUUAAAAACACCGAUAAUCGGUGCGAAAAUGGCGAAAAUAUGUUAAAAACACCGGGACUCGGUGUGACAAAUAUUCCCCGAUAUGUUAUUUGCACCGGGAACCGGUUUCAGUUAAAAACCGGCCGCUUUUGCGGCUGUAGCUCACCGAUAACCGGCGCGUUGCCGCCAAAACAACACGAUCAGCAGCUGACGCUGUCGAUUCGCGAAUGAGUCCGCAAAAAAUGCCGUUUUACGAGUAAACUAGGGACGGAGACACCCCGCGGGAGUGAGCAAUCGUCCAGCCUUUUGGCCAGGUCGUACCUCAAGAGUGUGAUGGCGCUGCCACUGUCAACCAUGAAUGGCACUUUGAAGUUUUCUUUUGUGACCCAGAGGAUUCGACCGGGGCGAGGCUGGACGGCGUGGACGUUAAGGAAGAGUUUGAGAGCGGCGUCAGCACCGCUCAGCACUGGCCGUUUUUUGGCUGGUUUUGGGCACCUGUGGCGCCCGUUGUGCAGUCCUUGGACACGUGCCCCCUUACGCCGCAUUUUUGGCAGGCAAUCAGAGGACAGCGAGAGAUGGAGUGUCCGUACUGCUCGCAGAAAGUGCAUUGUUUCUUUGGGUUUCCAUUUUGAAAUUGGCUCUGUUGUUGUUGCUGCUGCUGGUAGCCACCUCUGUUCUGCUGACCUGCAAAGUGGACGCCGGGUUGUCCACCCUGCUGGCAAUGAGGCGCUGGUGGGCAGCAAGGAGGCUGUGGAGCGCCUCCUCCGCAGUGCCAACCUGACGGCUGCUGUGGAAGAGACUGGAAGUACUGCUGCUGUUGCUGAGGCACCUGGAGGGGCGCCGGAGCCACCUGCGGCUGCAAAACUGGUUGCAGUGGCGACUGCUGAGGAGUGGGGAAGGGCGGUUGUUGUGUUGGAGGAGCUCUUUGAGAGAGAGUGAGUUCCUUGAUGGCUGCUAUGAGGGCGCUGUUCCUGUUUCCCUCGAUUUUAGCCAAGUCAUUUUCUUCCUCGGCAGCCACGUCUCUCAUUUCAGUCAAUGUGUCUGCCUUGGUGUACUUGAUGGCUUGCCUUAGUUCAGGUCUCAACCCUUUCUUGAACUGGUUCUUGAGCUUCGCAUCCCGUAAGCCUGCAAGGUACUCGUUGGUUUCGAUUGGGUGCCGAGGCCUCUUGGCCAUCAUUCGGUCGCCUGCUCGCAGUAUUUGUCUGUA